AAAACUUACUUGAUCAACGACAAUAUGGACGCCUGAAACGAUCAACCUCUUUAAACAACAGAAUAUUUAUUGAUCUGUUCAAAGAGUGUUGUGGACACAUCUGAUAAUCACAGCGAUGUCUUCCUCCAGCGGUCCACUGACUGAGGAGCUUCAGUGCUCUAUAUGUCUGGACGUGUUCACUGAUCCAGUCAGCACUCCAUGUGGACACAACUUCUGCAAGACCUGUCUGAAUAAGUGCUGGGAUAACAGCCAGACCUGCAACUGUCCAUAUUGUAAAGAGACAUUCAAGCACAGACCUGAUCUCAAGAUUAACACCACACUCCGAGAGAUCGCAGAUCACUAUAAAAAGAAAAGUCCUGAGAAAAAACCUGAAGUACUGAAAAAAGCUGAAGUUCUGUGUGACGUCUGUGAGGAAAGAAAGCAGAAAGCCCUGAAGUCGUGUCUGGUGUGUCAGAGCUCUUACUGUGAAACUCACCUGGAGCCUCAUCUGAGAGUGGCAGGUUUAAAGAAACACAAACUGAUCAAUCCUGUGAGUAAUCUGGAGGACUAUAUAUGUCAGAAACAUGAGAGACCUCUGGAGCUGUUCUGUAGAGAUGAUCAGACGUGUGUGUGUCCGAUGUGUCUUGUGACAGACCACAAGAACCACAACACUGUUCCUAUAGAAGAGGAGAGUGAAGAGAAGAAGACUCAACUGAUGAAGACCCAGAAAGACACACAGCAGAAGAUCCAGGACAGAAUCAAGAAGAUUCAAGACGUCAAACACUCAGCAGAAGUCAGAAAAAGAAACACUGAGAAGGAGAAAGCAGCCCGUGUGGAGCUCUUCACUGAUCUCAUCCGCUCCAUUAAGAGAUGUCAGACUGAACAGCUGGAGAUGAUGGAGGAGCAGCAGAAAGCAGCAGAGAAACAGGAGGAAGAGCUCAUUGAAGAGCUGGAGCAGGAGAUCACUGAGCUAAAGAUGAGAAACACUGAGCUGGAGCAGCUCUCACACACUGAAGAUCACCUCCACCUCUUACAGAUUUACUCGUCCCUGUGCAGCUCUAGAAACACCAGGAACUGGUCUGAGAUCAGUGUGAAGACUGAUGAGAGUCUGGAGACUCUGAGGAGAGCUCUGACUAAACUGCAGGACUCUCUACAGGAGAAACUCACACACACUGUCUCUACAGAACUGAAGAGGAUACAGCAGUAUGCAGUGGAUGUGACUCUGGAUCCUGAUACAGCUCAUCCUGAACUCAUCCUGUCUGAUGAUGGAAAACAAGUGAGAUGUGGAGACAUUAUACAGAAACUCCCAGACAAACCACAGAGAUUUGAUAGAUGUGUAUGUGUCCUGGGAAAGGAGGGAUUCUCCUCAGGGAGAUUUUAUUUUGAGGUGCAGGUGAAGGGAAAGACUAAAUGGGAUUUAGGAGUGGUCAGAGAAUCCAUUAACAGGAAGGGAGAGAUCACAGCGAGUCCCAGUAAUGGAUACUGGACUGUGUGGCUGAGGAAUGGGAAUGAAUAUGAAGCCUUAGCUGAUGCUCCUGUCUCUCUGUGUGUGAGAGUGAAGCCGCAGCGGGUCGGUGUGUUUGUGGAUUAUGAGGAGGGUCUGCUCUCCUUUUAUGAUGUGGAGUCCAGCUCUCAUAUCUACUCUUUCACUGAUCAGUCUUUCACUGGGAAACUCUAUCCAUAUUUUGGCCCGUGCACUAAUGAAGGAGGUAAAAACUCCACUCCACUGAUCAUCACACCUGUCAAACACAAUCAAUGAAUUUACAGCCCUAAUAUGAAAUACUUGAUGAAAAUAAUGCUUCAUUUAAUUCAUGUUAAAAAACCUCAAAAAUAUAUGUGUUUUUAUUCAAAGGGUGAGAAUCAUUUGUUGUUUCCGCUUUACAAGUUAUUACAGCAUCUGAAUAAAUAUAUUUUUUGUACAUUUAAUUAAUAAACGAAUUAAUUAAU